UGACAUUACAAAAGCGCGUCCCAGAAAGUCCAUUGAAGCUAUUGCACAACGUUGCAGGAUCGUACAGCGGCUGGCGGCUAUAAAUGGCCUGAAAUAUUCCGCCCAGCCGUCUAAACCAGCCAACCCUGCCCGGCGGACGGCUAAAAAUACCCGACCGCGUGGCGCAAGCCGAGAAGAAGCUACCGAGGGAGAGAGGGGAACCUUUGGCCGCGCUUUCCACGUGGCGGGCGCGCCAUAUCUUACACAGCGUCUCCCUCCAUCUUAAGUUUCUCACUUUCCUGGCGUCUUGACGACACCAAAACGUCAGCAUGAAGUACUCAGGUUUGGCGCAGGAGUUCCACCAGUUGCUGCGGAACGUGGACCGGAUCUCGGCGGGCCAGGCGGCCGUGGAGGACUGGGGCAGCGCGCCGCUGCAGUUCGGCGUCUGCAUCGUUCCUAAAGACGGGCUCUACCGCAGGGGACGCUUCACGUUUAAGUUCUCUCUCCAUGACCAGUACCCCCAGUACCCCCCACGAGUUGUGUGCCUGACCAACAUCUACCACCCAAACAUCGACACCGUGGAUGAGUAUGAGGGAGAGAUCUGUCUCUCACUGCUGGACGAGUGGCAGCCGACAUUCACCCUCGAGGAUGUGAUAAUUGGUCUGCUGUUCCUGCUGUACCACCCUAACCUGGAGGACCCCCUGUCCCCAUUGUUAGGUACUGCAGCUGCAUGUUUGUUAGUUAGGAUGACAUGUUUUAUCUCUCGCUGUCCCCAGGAUGUGAUAAUCGGUCUGCUGUUCCUGCUGUACCACCCUAACCUUGAGGAGCCCUCUGUCCCCAUUGUUAGGUACUGCAGUGGUUUGUUUUAUGAUGUGAUAAUCGGUCUGCUGUUCCUGCUGUACCACCCUAACCUUGAGGAGCCACUGUCGCCGUUCUUCGAGCCGUGCAUGAACUGGGAGGAGUUUGCAGAGAAGGUCAGACUGUCGCUGCAGGGCGGGGUCGUCGAGGACUACUACUUCCAGCGCAACCAGGUCGACGAUGGGGAGGUGCAUGAUGGGACGGGCCCCCGGGGGACCAAUCAGGAGCCUGUCGCCAUGGUGAAGCCCAGAGCGACCAAUCGGGAGCCUGUUGCCAUGGUGAAGCCCAGAGCGACCAAUCGGGAGCAGGAAUCCGUUCCCAUGGCGAUUCCCAAGGGGAGAGAGCCGUGCGGCCAUCUUGAUGUCCUUAGAUAGCCACCGCCACAAGGUCGUUUAGAGAAAAAUCUGGAAAUAUUUGUCGUUUGUGUCGUCCUGUAAAUAAGAAAGUAAGAGUUAAAAUAUCCUGGACUUGGUCUUCAAUCAAUGAAUUGUAAAUCUUCAAUUUUUUGUUUCCACAUGUUUUUGUUAAAAAUUGGCUCUGCAGAGAACAUAACCUUGCAAAGAAUUUUUUGUCAUGUAGAUGGAAUCUGUGUGUACGUGUGAGUCAGUGAGUUAGGGUCAUGCUCGAAGCUUCUCUGGGCCAGACUACCUCAGACUAUAGAUAGCUGCUGCCAAUGUUGCCCUCCUUUUUGUACAGUAAUGUACACAGUGUACAAUCUGUCCCAGCUAAGCUAACUGUACUGUACUGUAGAAUGGUGUUACUGUGUAUUUUGUGUGAAUCGUAGAAGACACAAACCUUGGGUUUACCCUUGGGUCUUGCAGGGAAGGGAGAUGUGCAACCUCAGCUUCCUAACAACACUGGUCACUUUACUACAUUUGGCAAGACAGCAGAUACACUUUGGAAGGCUUCAUAUAUUUGUAGUCUGUUGUACUACGUUAGUAACACAUCAGCUAACACAGUGUAAAGGUGCCAGUGUGAACACACUUGAAUGAAGUAGAUAGAUCCAAAACAUGGUAGAUUUUAGUUACUUAAAUCCUGCCAAUAUCUGAACAGACUGAAGUUCUGUGCAAUUUUUGGCUGGUGGAAACAUGACUGGGAGUAGAUGACAGAGAAAACACAGACUGCAGUGGUAGACAGGAAAUAUAGCAGCACACUUUGGACAAGGAAACUGUAAAAGACCAGUUUGGACAAGAUCAUUCUUACAAGUUAACUAUGAAAAAAUAGUCCAAAAUGGAACGAGUUUGAAUUAAGUUAGGAACACAUCAUGGUGCAUUGUGAAGGUCUGUGUACUAAAGUUACUAGUCAUAGCUGUACCUGUACAUUGUACUUGUCAUUUGUGGAAUCUUGGCAUGUUAUAAACUGUUUACAUGUACCUUCCUCUUGUAAGGAAGGACAAAAUGUACCAAUGUUUCCUACUCACUGUUUUUACUCCUACUUAUUAUGUGUAAGACAAGGGAGUGAGGAGAAAACUAUGGCCAAAUGUUGUAAUAUUGACAAUUUUCUCACCAUGUGAUUUACAAAUAUGUGCCAUACUUGUCACCGCUAUAAGCAACACAGCUACAGUAGAAGCACUGGUCAGUCCUGAAGACAUAUUUAUUGAUAUGUGCACAAGAGAAGUCAGCAGUGGCUACACUGGGAAUAAAAAUACU